CUCUCUCUCUCGUCUCUCUCUCUCUAGGGUUUGGUUUGGUCACGGCAGCAUCUGCGAUACCUUGUUCGUCAUCUUCUCCGAUUCUCCUCCAAAUCGCACCAGGUUUCGUCCUCGUCCGACUCUGAUCUCUUCUCGACAGCGCUAGGGUUCCGGCGCCCGGCAGAAUUAUGUACAUACCGCCGCCGUCUCCCCGCGUCCUCCCCAUCGCGGCCUAUGUGAAUCUCCGCGCGUUCGGCCCCGGCUUGAAUCCGUUCGCCCCGUACUGCCUCGCUCAUCACUCCCUCUCUCGCUAAAUCGCCUCCCCCUUGUCUUCUUGUUUUUGCUUCUCCUCUGUCUUUGCUUCUCCUCUGCUUUGCCUCGAAUGAUGUAAAUUCGCCGGUCGUCGUUGAUCGUUCUUGGGCCUCUCUCUCUCUUCCUUUCCCUUUCUGCCGGGAGCUUUACGGUGUAAUCCGCUCGCGCUUGACGGAGCGGGAUUUAUUUGGUCUUUUGCGCUGGGGUUCUGUGGUUGAUUGAUAUUACCCGGGUGCUUUGUAUCUGAUCAUCAUGCCUCAAGAGGAGGUGGGUACGAUCCGGAGGAACCUGUCGCUGACGAGAAGGCGGUCGUUUAGGAGCCGGGUUGAUGGGGACGACAGGGGUUGGACUCUGCUCCAUAUCGGUGCUCGGAAAGGCGACCUCAGGCAGGUGAAGCGCCUUCUUGAUGAAGGAAUAGAUGUGAAUGUGGCUGCUUGGGGCCCCAAAUCAAAAGGGGUAACACCACUCCACCUUGCUGCUGAGGGUGGCCACGUGGAAGUCAUGGAUGUCCUGCUCGAGCGAGGUGCAAAUAUUGAUGCUAGAACAAAAGGAGCCUGUGGCUGGACACCUCUCCAUAGUGCGGCCAAAGAAAGAAAACGGGAAGCAGUCAAAUAUCUGAUAGAAAAUGGAGCCUUCUUGCCCGAUGACAUAAAUGAUUGCAGAUUCAACCCACCACUGCAUUACUGCCCUGGCCUCGAAUGGGCUUAUGAGGAGAUGAAGCGUCUUCAGCAGGAGAGCUUAUCUGCUGGCGAGGGCUCCUCCUAUAGCUCGGAAAGCUUAUGACGAGUCUUCCUACGCACUCGGGACUCAGAAGCCUCUCUAAUGAGCUGUGACAUAUUCACCAUAGGAUGAGGAUUUCAUUACCAGUGAAACAUGCCAUUAUACCACUCUCGCACAGCCGUGUCUUCAUCUUGUUGUAUUUAUUCUGAUGUUUGCAGUUAAACACGGUACUCUGGUGUGUUUGAAGACGAUGAAUAUCUUAUGUGCAUGAGAACCAUUAUAGGGGUGAUAUCUUGUAAUAAAGCCUCGACUUUGUCCUCA